AUGUUGAAACAAAUCGGAAAUCGAGUUAGCGGUGUAACGCCGGUGAACCUGUGGCGGUGGCGGCAGCUAUAUCAUUACAAUGAUCAUCGGAAUGUUGGUGAGGGUGUUGCCGGAGCUCCGGUUUGUGAGGAUAUGAUGAAACCUCAAAUCAAAAUCGAUGAUGAGAUGAGGAAAUGGAUGGAAGAUUAUUUUAAGGGUGGUAUUCCAUGUAUAAGUCUUGUCGCAUAUCAGCCUAAUGCGAAGAUGAUAGUGGAUGAAAAGACGGGGAAAAUCGUAAAUAUAGUUGGUUUAGAGACUAAUGUUGCUUACUCCUACUUCGUUAGAGAAGAUAGGAAACCAUUUUUCCAUCGUCCACCUGUUCGAUUGCAGUAUGGCAGGAUGCUUGCUGACGAUGCAAUUACGGCUGCUCUGAAGGAUCAUGAAGCGAAGAAGACGAAAUUCAGUGACCAUUCACAGAAUGCAGUUGAUGCUUAA